AUGGCACCACCAAUUACACUUGAACAUGAAGAUGGCGUAGAUAUGACAGAGUUUAGUGGAGGAACAUCGUCCCCACCAGACAUCCAAAAUGAUAUUUCAUUAUCAUCAUCGUCACCUGCCUAUCAUACCACCACUGCUGGAUCUGUCAUCCCAAUCGCACCACGUCGUAGUGGUAUGUAUGUCACCGCCAGAAACCUCACCAUGACCGUCGGUACAGAGAAAAAGAAUAAUGUAAAAAAUAUAUUAUCAGAUUUAAAUUUCUUUUUAAAGCCAGGAUCAAUGGUAUUAAUUUUGGGUAGUCCGGGAUGUGGAAAGACAUCAAUUAUGAAAGCAUUGGCAUGUCAAACUCAUGAUGAAAGAUUGUCAGGUAAAUUAUUAUUUAAUGGAAAGGAACCAAAUCCAGAUACACAUCAUCGUGAUUGUAUCUAUGUCGUUCAAGAAGACCAUCACAUGGCACCAUUCACAGUCAAAGAGACAUUUAAAUUCAGUGCCGAUAUGCAAAUGCCAGAGGGAACGACCGAAGAACAAAAGAACCAACGUGUCGAAACCAUCAUGAAAAUGUUGGGUCUCGAGUCACAAGCCGACACCAUCGUCGGUAAUGAAUUUUUGCGUGGUAUCUCUGGUGGUCAAAAGAAGCGUGUUACCAUUGGUGUAGAGUUUGUCAAGGAUGCCAAUCUCAUCCUACUCGAUGAAUGUUCAACUGGUCUAGAUUCAACCACCACACUAGACUUGAUAACCAAUAUCAAAGAGAUUGUCACCACUCAAAAUGUAUCAUGUAUCGUUUCACUCCUUCAACCAGGUUCUGAAAUCGUUCGUCUAUUUGACUUUUUAAUGGUCCUAUCUGAAGGUCAAAUGGCCUAUUUCGGGCCAAUGAAUAGUGGUAUCGACUAUUUUGAAGAACUUGGAUUUAAAUUACCAUCACAUCAUAAUCCAGCUGAAUUCUUUCAAGAGAUUGUUGAUGAACCAGAAUUAUAUUACGCAAAGGAGGGUGAGCCACCUCUCAAAGGUACACAACAAUUUGCACAAGCCUACAAAAACUCAGAGAUUUGUAAAAAGGUUUGUGAUGACUUGGACAACAAUAUUCCCAACCCAUCCGACUUUAAGGACAGUUCUCAUAUGACUGCCUACCCUACAUCGACCGGCUACCAAAUCCUCAAGACAUCAUUACGUGCAUUCAAGAUGCUUGUUUCUAACCCAGUCGUCGUAAGAGUUAGAAUUAUCAAGUCGAUUGUCAUGGGUCUUAUUUUGGGCUCACUCUUUUGGGAUUUGUCAGCUGACCAAGCCGGUGGCAACAAUCGUUCAGGUCUCAUUUUCUUUUCACUCUUGUUUGUCAUUUUCGGUGGUUUUGGUUCGAUUACAGUCUUAACUCCCUAUUUCGCUCUCCGAGACGGUCAUCUUUUCAGUGUUGGUCUAUUGGAUGUGUGGAUUGCAGGCGAAUGCUGGAAGAUUCAUCUACUUUAUCUUGAUGGUCUUGGCGAGUGA